AUGUGGUGUAAACCUUGUCGUCGUAAAAAGAAGUGUAUUCGAUUCAUCUCUGAAGCAGAUGCAGAGGAGUUUUCACAUAGUGGUGGAUCGCAACAGACAGCCAACAGCCAAUUAUCAUCAACAAAUCAUCAAAUUCCUCAUUUUGCAAGACAUGGAAGUCUAACUAGUUUUAUGGAUCCAUUUCUGCAUUCCAUGCAUUCAUCGCAUCAAUCUAAUCUGUCCAAUCAGCAUUCAAGUAAAUUUCACUCAGCAUUACCUUCAGGAUUUCUAUAUCCAUCAUUAAAUUCAAAUAAUAAUAAUCAUAUCGGAGCUGGUGAAAACACUUCAUUAUCUGGCUUUAAUUCACGAUUAAAAUCUCAUCUAAUAUCAGAUGCUUAUAAUAAUAAUACCGGUAAACCGUCUGCAUUUAUGCAUCCUUCACAGUCAUCACGGUCAUUAAAUCCUGUGUUGAAUUUACCGCCUUCACUUUUAAUGACAGAUUCGUAUAAUUCACGUAGCUCAACAUUUGAACAAUUGAACACUAAACUGCCACCAUCAACAUUAUCCUCAUCGUCGUUACCAUCGUUUUCUUCGCCAACCCGUGGAUCAUCUUCACUUACUAGUCAUAUAUCUCAAUGUUUACCCAACUGUAAUAAGUCAAGAAUACCAGAUCGAUUCAGCAACAGCAACAACAAAGAUUUUCUUGAAAAAUCCACUCCACAAGAAUUAUGGAAUAAUAAUAAUAAUAAUAACAUUAAUAAUAAUAGUAAUAAUGAUAAUGGUUUGAAUCACUUCUAUCCUAAUUGGUCACAAUAUUCUUCAGCUUUUAAACUCUCCUCCUCAUCAUCAGUAGUAGCAUCAGCAUCCUGUGUAAAUCCUCCUCCAACUGCUGAUGAAACAAUAGCUUCUAUCUCUUCAAAAUUAAAUCCAUUUGAUUUGAUGAAUGCUUCACAUGGCCGACUUAGUCAAUUGUCUACAGUCAAUAAGUCGGAUAGCGGUGAUACUAUUGAAAGAUUUAAACCACCGUCCACAUCAUCAUUACGACCAAAUCAAUUUGGUGUUGAAUCUUCGCUAACAACAUUCAAUGAUGGUGAUUCGUCAAAAAAUACUACUACUACUACUACGAUGUCUACGACGAGUAGUUGUGGCAGUACUUAUACAAACAGUGAUGUCUUGUGGACAUCUACAAAUUGUUCAAAUUUUAUGUCAACAUCAAAUGGUGUAGAAACAUCCACCUCCGUCACUGACACCGCCGCUGUCACCAAAUCCUCCUCCUACUCGUCAUUAUCGUUAUGUACAGAACCGAUUAAUAAUAUGAAGUCAAUUAUUAAUAGUCAUUCUGUAGAAUUAAGCAAAGCAACGCAUGAAACUGGUAUAGAUACAAAUUCUGUUGAUGAACCUCCUAAUAAACGUAUCUGUUGUGCUUCAUCAACUGACGAUAAUAAAAUAACGAGUUCAUCAAAAUCAUGUCUAGCAUUUACAUGUACAAAUAUUAGUAAUAGUAGUAGUAAUUCGAUGAAUAAUAAUAAUAAUGGUAAUUUAGCAUCAUUCCAUUGUCAUAAAAGUAGUAAUAUGGAUAAUAAAACUACUGACAUUUCUACUAUAACAACUACUGCCUCUGUCAACACUACUCCUGCCUCUGCUAUGGUUACUACUGCAUCGUCAACAACAACAACGACAACGACGACAGCAAAUCGUGAGUCUGUUCGAUUUGGUGUAGCUGAUUUUAUGGGAAUCAACGACAAAGAUGAUGGUGAUGCAGAUGAUGAUGAUGAGGAUCCCUUAGUUAUUGUCGUCGAUAACGAUGAUGGUAAUCACAAUAAGAAUACGCAUGAUCAUGAUAUACUGACUACUUGA